AGAAAAAUACCACCUCGAACUUUUUAAAAAUCAACCAAACAAUCUACAAACAUGAGUAGCAUACUUGGAGAUAUCAAGGAUACCAUCAAGGAUGCUGUAAAGACAGUGAAACAUGAAAUCACUGGAAAGAGCCAUCACGAACACGAUGUAGCUGAUGCUCAUGGUUCCGAAUUCGCUAUUGGUAGCGGUGGCAGUGCCGACAAGGAUGCGAAGAAGCUAACUGCGGACGUUAAAGCGGCACAAGGCGGAACCGAUCCCAGCACUAUAAAAGACGCCAAGCUUAUUACUCACACUACCGUAAUUGCACAGGCAAACCAGCCAAACAUGGAAUCUGCUUCAAAUGUUUCACUCAAAAGCUGGAAUGAUGGUGGCGAUAAGGCUGCCCGCGAUCUCCAGCACGACGUUGGUCAGAAAGUGACCGGAUGGCAAACCGAAGUUCAGAGAACAACUGGAGGUGCCCAGGAUGCCACCAACAAACUCUUCGGUGAUGCUCAGCAGAAGGCACAUGAUGCCAAGUACCAGACAGCUGAAAGACUUAACCAGCUCAGAAACAAUGCUGGAGGUAUCGUCAGAGAUACCACCGGUCAUCUGGAACAUGAAUUUGAUGAUGCUCACCAGAGAGCCGACAAUGUCAAGGAUGCUGCUGCAAAGAAAUUGGAGGGCAUGAAGAAAUACGCCGAUAAGGAAACUAUGGAAGCCCAGAAGAAGGCGGAUCAAGCUGCUCAGGAAGCCAAACAGAGAGCCGCUAACUUGAGAAAUCAACUCAAGGAUAAGCUGAACAGCUGGAAGGCGGCCACCAUCAACUCGGCCAACGAGGCUGAGCAAGCCACCGUACAUCUGAUCACUGACGCUCAGCAGAGAGUGAAGGAUGUAAGAGAGGAGACUGACGAGAAGCUGAAGGAUUUGGAAGAUGAGGCUAAACAUAUUACAGAUGACACCAAACACGGCAUCGAUCAGCUUUUUGAUCAGGCAAAACAGAUCGCUAUGGACAUGAUCCAGGAUGCUUCAGGCAGAAUGAUCCAGUUGAAAGCUCUGGGACAAGAAUACGUCAACGAGUGCAAUCAGGAGUCACUCCACGCUAUUCUUGGCGCUCAGAAGAGGCUCGAUGACCUUAAUAAUCACAUUAAUGCGAACAUGCAGAACUGGAAGAAACAGGCUGAAUCCAUCGCUGCCGGAGCCAGAGGCGAUGCUCUUCAUGCUGUUGACGAUGCGGCCAAGAGAGCUGCUGACGUGAGGAACCAAACCGCACAGAAAUUGUCUGGAUUGAAGGAUGAGGCACAGAGAACUGCCCAAGAGGCUAAUCAGUACAUCGCACGCGCAUACGACGAUGCUUUGAAGAGAACAGCCGAGGUUGAGGCUCAGACGGCCAAUAGACUGGCUAAACUCAAGUCGCAAGCUUCUGGAGCACCAGAUCAGGCUGGCGCUAAUGCACUUCGUGCGCUGGCUGAAGCUGAGAAGAAAGCAGCUCAGCUCAAGGAGGAUACAGCCAGGAAACUUGCCGGAUGGAAGAAUGAGUCGGAACGUAUGGCUGCACAAGCCAAGGACAAAUCGUCUGCUGUGCUAGGUGAUGCACAGAAACAAGCUGACCAGAUUCUGCACAAAGCAAAAAUGGAUGCUGAUAAGCUUGUCGGCGAUGCUGAAGCUCAGUCUAGAGCUGUGAAAAUCGAAACUGAGAAGAAAGCUAAGGUCGUUGGCGGCGCGCUUGAAUCAGAAGUCAAUAAAGUACAAGACAUUGCCGAUGAGUUGAAAGAUGAAGCUGAUAAGGCACUCGAUAGCACCAAAGAAUUUAUCAAGAAUUCAGUGAUUGAAAAAACUACUACAACCUUCGUCGAGGGACAAGUGAGUUUCGAGCCAAAGAGGAGGAAGCUGGAGAAGAAUCACCCCGACAAUCUCGGCAAUGCCGGAGGUGUUCAAUCUGGUGGCGGCGGCAUGAAGAUGUCCGGCGGUGUCACCGGCGGAAAGUCCGGCGGUGGUCAUCAAACUUCCGGUGGCAUGCAGAUGUCCGGCGGCGGAUCCGGUGGUGCUCGCCGAAGUUCUGGAGGUGGCAUGCAGAUGUCCGGAGGCGGAGUGAACGCCGGUGGCAUGCAGUUCGGAGGUGGAAAGUCCGGCGGUGGUCACCAAACUUCCGGUGGUAUGCAGAUGUCCGGCGGAGGUUUCACGUCCGGAGGAAAUAGCACCGUGAUCCCCGGUACCGGUGGUCACAUGUCUGGUGGCGGUGUUACCAAUGUUCAGCACAGCAGCCAGAAAACCAGCAGCAAAUCCCAUUCGAAGAAGUAAAUGAUUUCCAGAACUUCUUCUGGUUAAUGGGACUUAAAUCAACAAUGCAAGUUGGGUGCAAUCAUUGGUGAUAACAGCUAUAUAUGUUCCUCUCUGAUGUGUAUUCUAUAUCUUGCCUUACUAUAGUCAGCAAGAAUUACUGUGUACUUCCUUGUCUGUAUCAGCUUACAAUUCCUGUGCAUUAGAAUUUUCAUGUCCGUCUCAUUCCCUACGUUGCGGUUAGAGGGAAGUGAUGUAUAGCAAUUCCUCCCAUGGGCACUUCCUUAUCAUAAUAAGAAUAAUAAUCUGAAUCUGUAUAUUUGGUGUCACCUGCUUUGUGACAGUUGUCGCACUUGCCAUCAUCGAAUUCUGCACUGC